ACCCGUUUUCUAUCCAUAUUUUUCCAACGUGCGGUGGAAAUUUAUUUUUAGUGCUUAGCAUACAUUGCCGCGUGCAUUCAAAUUUUGGGGCCUGGGUAAGAAUCAAUUUCGGGGACUUUUCCCUGGGCACUCUUUCUUCCCCUAAUUUCUCGAUCAAAUUGGGGCCUAUAUCGUAAAUUCUCCCUUCUGCCUCGGCCCCUCUUCAAUGCGUGACCGAAUCGUUUUCCGAAGAAAUGCCCCAGCAAGCCAAUAAAAUGGCAUCCAACAGUGUCAGACAGUGGUUAGUUUAGAGCCAAAGUGGUUUCGCUCGGGAAUGAAUGGUGCGACGUAUAUUAUAACCAUCGGUAAUAUAGGAUUUUAUUCUCUUUCGAUUACUCAUACUGACUACCUCCAUCAGAUUCAAAGUGAAGGAACAGGAUUUUGAGUUUAUAGCUUAUUUUUGUACAGCCAAUUACCUGUAAUUGCAAAAGAUUUCUGUCGGCUUCAUUUGAUGCUUAAUAAUUAAUGCAAUGCACAGUUCAACAUACAUGCAUGUAUAUAUACGUAGCAGUCGCUAGAGCGUUUGGGAAGUGCUGUCGUCUCGAGGAGAGACGAGUAUGCAUGGUUUCCAUGCAGGCUAUCAAAGGUUAAACGCGACGAAGCUGCUGAUCGAUGUAGUAUAAGUGUAGACGUGUAACACAAGGAAAGAACGAAGAUUCUUCCACUGGUGUUAGAGAAGUUGAAUCUUCUUUUCGAAAAAAUAUUUUUGUAAGAUAAUUGAAUGCAAAUUUCCACGAUGUUGGGAUGUAAUUCAUUUCGCUGCCGAGAAGUAAUCAAGAUUAUAGUCAUAUUCUACAUUGCCUUGGAUGUAACUGAACUCACGAAAGCGAGAGAGAUGAAUGAAGUGGGAGGUCACGAUCAACAAAUACACCAGCAAGUUAAGAACAACAGUUCAAACGAAGACCCCCGAUCCAAAAGUGAAAAUACUACUCGGGCUCUUCUUCGUCGGGUUAAAAGAGGGUCGUCAAAUAAUGGAGAUGUAACAGCGUUACUGGAUGAAAUGUUACAUGAAGACAAUUACGACAGAAGACGGAGACCUGAUAAUAAAGGUAAACCAGUAAUAGUAAAAGUUGGCAUAUGGGUGAUAGCUUUGGAUUCUAUAAAUGUUAUAGAUAUGGACUUUAAAAUGGAUUUCUUUCUGCGUCAACUAUGGAUAGAUCCAAGACUGGCUCAUAUGCAAGGCAAAACGUUUACCAUAAGUAACAGAAUAUUGAACAGAAUAUGGUUACCUGAUACAUAUUUCGUCAACUCUAAAGAAUCAAAAUUUCAUAAAGUUACGCUUGAAAAUAAACUUCUUGAAAUAGCGACUGAUGGACUUGUCCACUUUAAUUCAAGGGUGACAGUAAAGCCAUCGUGCCAUAUGGAUUUGAGAAUGUUCCCAAAUGAUGUGCAGAAAUGUAACUUGGAUAUAGAAAGUUAUAGCUACAAUGAAAAAGACGUAAUAUUACAAUGGGAGGACAGAAGUGAUGGAGGUUUUGGAAUACCAUUGCGCGAUUUACCGCAACACAAUAUAUCUCAAACACUCACGAUGGAGCUGCGAACUCAGUAUAUGUCAGGGAACUGGAGUGGUAUACGGGCUGAGAUAACUAUAAAAAGGAAAAUGGGUUAUUUUUUGGUUCAUGUUUAUUCACCAUCAGCACUGAUUGUUGUUUUAUCGUGGAUCUCAUUUUGUAUUCCACUGGAGUCAACAGCAGCCAGAGUUACGUUGGGUAUUACGUCAGUUUUGACCACAACCACCAUUCUCAACAUUCUAAAUAACUCUAUGCCCAAGGUUUCUUACGUAAAGGCGAUAGAUUGGUAUCUUAUUUGUUGUUUUAUGUUUGUAUUUGGUGUUCUUGUGGAGUAUACGAUUGUUUUAUAUCUGGAUAAUUUGGGUCAACGAAAGAGAAAACGAGAGGAAAUACGGAAAAAAUUAGAGAGAGAAGAAAAAGCCAAAGAAGAGGCAAAACGGCCAUUUAAAAACGAGCCGAAAAAGAAACACAUUUAUGCACAGAUUCGUAAAGAAGGUGAGGUAGCCACGUAUGUACAUGGAGACCCUAAACCUAAAAAGAAGAGGCUACAUAUUAGAAUUAAAGAAUAUUUGCUUCGUUUGACAGUCCGAGAUAUAGAUGAACUCGCUAGAAUUUUCUUCCCAUUAACAUUCAUGUUAUUUAACGCUGUAUAUUGGCUCGUAUUUUUAUCAUAAAACAUAUUUUUAAAUACGUUAAAAAUAGCAUAUUUUUUAAUCGACAAGUAUAAUAAAGCCGGUCCGACAGAUAGACCUGACAAUAAUUUGUGCUGGGCAUAUUGACUUUGCAAUGAAUCUAAAAUAACCCACAACACCAUAGAACACUUUUUAUUAUGUGGCUUUUUAAAAUCCUCUUGGUUGACGAGCGGUCCGUAAAACCUAUAUCCGGACCGUGGUCUGUAUUAUUCCUUAUCUGGACUAGUAUCCCGGAAGUCUCAUGCAGUAAAGCCUGGCCCUGG